CAAAAUAAGUGUAUAUAUUAACUUUUUUAGGUACUGUCACUGGCUGCUCUUAUCAGUAAUGUUGAGGGAUACUGUGAAAAUGAUGUUGGACGAUACGGGUUUUUCUUAUUUGUGGUCAUUGUAUCGAUGUUACAAGCCAUUGUUAUUAUCAUAAUUUUCGUCCUCCAGCUAGAGAAAAAAAUUCCUUUUGUAAAUGUCUCCUUAGUGCUUCUUUUGAAUGAUUGCGUUGUCUUAAUCUUUUACUUCAUCACUUGCACAUUAGCUAUGUUAUCCAUAGGGCGAUGCCAAUAUAGAGUUGCAGCGAGAAUUAUUGCAAUGCUUUUCUCAGUUGCACUAUUUCUAGUGAUUGUUGGAUUGAAUUAUACGGGUUACAAAUGGUGGAAAGAAACCAGCUCGAAAGAAAACUCCAAAGAUCCCGGAACCACAAUUACAGAAUCAUCUCCAACAGUUCUGGCUUGAAAAUUUGCAAGACCACUUGCCUGAAAAUUCUUGAUACGAUUGUUUCCAAGGGCUUUCUACUUCCAUAUCUGAAUUUUUUCUUAAGGUCUUUGAUAUAAAAAAAACUGUGCUGGAUUAUAUCUAGCGGGAAA